AAUCAAAGUAAACGGUAUUGAUUGGUAGCUUACUCUUCAAGCUUCUUUGUAUUGUAGGAGAGAAUAGAAGAAGGAACUAGAAGUUGAAAUGCAGUAGCAACGUCUGGAAUUCCCACUCCACUCUCUAUCACUCCGAAUUUUGUGUCCCUCUCGACUCAAAAGCUGAUUCCAAUUCUCUAUUACCUUGUUGAUUCCAAAUCCGCAGAUAUUUGUGUUUUCUGCCUAUUAUUAAUACUAAUGCCUCACGCUCUUCCCUUCCCAACUCAAUCUGCACUUCAGGUGCCUUUUCUCUCUAAAUCACUAUUCCUAAUCUUUGACUUCACAUAACAUGGGCAACACCGCCAGCCAGGAAGAGCAACGCCAAACUGAUCAAAAAACUCAAAGAACCCCCCCAAGUGAUCAAACAACUCAAACAAAUGAUCUCGGUACAGUCUUACGAGAUGGAAAAGAAAUACUUUUUCAGGCAUUCAACUGGGAGUCUCACAAGUACAAUUGGUGGGCGAAUUUAGAAAGCAAAAUUCCUGACAUAGCUAGAGCUGGAUUUACUUCAGCAUGGUUGCCGCCACCAACUCAUUCCUUCUCACCUGAAGGUUACACUCCACAGAACCUUUCCUCUCUUAAUAGUAAAUAUGGUUCUGAGUAUCAGUUAAAAGCUUUACUUCAAAAGAUGAAGAACUGCAAAGUCAGAGCAAUGGCUGACAUUGUUAUCAAUCAUCGUGUUGGUACCACCCAAGGUCGUGGAGGGAUGUAUAAUCGCUUUGAUGGAAUUCCAUUAGCGUGGGAUGAACAUGCUGUGACAUCAUCUACUGGUGGACUGGGUAAGCCAGACACGGGGGCCAUUUUCCAAGGGUUUCCCAAUAUUGACCAUACUCAAGAUUUUGUGAGAAAGGACAUCAUAGGAUGGCUCCGAUGGCUACGUUAUAACAUAGGCUUUCAGGAUUUUCGUUUUGAUUUUGCAAAAGGGUUUUCACCAAAAUAUGUGAAAGAAUACAUCGAAGAAGCAAAGCCAUUGUUCUCUGUUGGGGAGUACUGGGAUUCUUGCAACUACAAGGGUUCUGCUUUGGACUAUAACCAAGAUAGCCAUAGGCAGCGAAUAAUCAAUUGGAUUGAUGGCACUGGACAGCUUUCAACUGCAUUCGACUUCACAACAAAGGGAAUUCUUCAGGAAGCUGUCAAGGGACAGUUUUGGCGUCUGCGUGAUCCUCAAGGGAAGCCACCUGGUGUGGUCGGGUGGUGGCCUUCAAGAUCAGUCACAUUUAUAGAUAAUCAUGACACCGGCUCAACUCAGGCUCAUUGGCCCUUCCCCAAAGACCAUAUUAUGGAGGGUUAUGCAUACAUAUUGACUCAUCCUGGGACACCAACGGUUUUCUAUGACCACUUUUAUGACUGGGGCAACUCAUUUCGUAAUGAGAUUGUCAAGUUGAUUGACAUUCGCAAGCGUCAAGGUAUUCAUAGUCGAUCACCUAUCAGGAUUCUGGAGGCCAAUGAUAACCUAUACUCUGCAAUAAUCGGGGAGAAAGUGUGUAUGAAGAUUGGAGAUGGUUCAUGGUGUCCAUCUGGGAGGGAGUGGACACUAUCAACCUGUGGCUACAAUUAUGCUGUGUGGCAAAAGUAGUUGCUCUUAUAACUUGAUUCUUCCUCUACUUGUGGACAUGGAAAUGAAGAGGAAUCUUGUGCUUAUGCGCUUAAUACACGGUAAAACCUGAUGUUCUGACUUCUGUCAUGCAACCACUAGUAGGCUUUCAAAGUUGCUGUGUUAGUAACUUAUGUGCUGCUCCUUAAAAUUAAAAAGACGCUUUAUGUAUCUGUAUUAUGUACUAUUAAAUAUUAAUAGCUACUUUGUUUCUGUAAUAGAUAUAUUAAUAAAAACUGCUCUCUGCUAAUGUAACUAUAUGUCUAGCCCUAAGUUAUCCGUAAUCCGGACUAGUAUCCUCUCAUAUGAAAUUUCUCUCAUGUUCCUUCAUGUUGAAAUUGUGUGUAUCACACUCUUCAUAUGUAUAAAAUUCAAAAUAAAACUUGUCUGCA